CUUUUCUUUUUCUUUUCUCUUUUCUCUUUUCUUCUCUUUUCUUCUCUUUUCUUUUUCUUUUUAUUUUUUUUCUAUUUGCAUAUUUCGUCCCGAGUCCCGUGUAGCCGAGUUAAAUAUCGCUUGUAUAAAGUUUAUACAAAGACACCUUGUAGGCUACGCUGCUCUCUGAACUUCUCUGUCUCCUCUAAAUACCUGCGCCCCGACCAUACACGGCCCAAUUCCACCAGAUCCCGUUUCUGUUCAGUCAUUUGAGGCGUCUCUAUUUAUAUAUAAUUGCUGGCGGUUGCAGAUUCACUCGGGUGUCAAGCCCAGUUGAACUUGCAUAGCUACUAGAUAAGACCAAAGCAAGCUCUAAGUAACGCAAUCCGCUAUUAUGGGUUCCAGUAGCAAGCCCAAGGCGCUACUUCUCGGCGAGAUAGACCAUGCCCAUUCGACCUGGGCAAGUCUGGCAGAUAUUGCAGAACUCGUCGAGACAAAGGCUACCAAUCGCGCAGAAUUCAUCCAGGAAUGCCGCAGCGGCAAGUUCGAUGGCGUCCUCGUGGCUUAUCGGACUUUUGGGUCGUCGAGCAUCACAGGUCUCAUUGAUGAGGAAUUGGUCAAUGUGCUGCCCAAGUCGCUGAGAUAUCUUGCACAUUGCGGAGCUGGAUAUGACCAAAUCGACGUUCAUGCCUGCAGCGCGCGCUCGCCACCUUUACUGGUCUCCAAUGUUCCAACAGCCGUCGACGACGCAACCGCAGAUGUAAACAUGUUCCUGAUAAUUGGGACCCUGCGCAACUUCAACACGAGCAUGUUGGCCCUGCGAGAAGGAAAAUGGAAAGGCCAGCCAGUCCCAAAGCUAGGCCAUGAUCCGCAAGGAAAAAUUCUCGGAAUCCUAGGCAUGGGAGGGAUCGGCCGGAAUUUGAAAAAGAAGGCUGAAGCCUUCGGAAUGAAGAUUAUCUACCAUAACCGGAGAAAAUUGAGUGAUGAGCUUGCCGACGGCGCGGAGUACGUAUCCUUCGAUGAAUUAUUGAGAAGGAGCGAUGUGAUCAGUUUGAAUUUACCACUGAAUAGCACCACCCGCCACAUAAUCAGCCACGCCGAAUUCGCCAAAAUGAAACAAGGCGUCGUGGUCGUCAACACCGCCCGCGGCGCCGUCAUUGAUGAAGAUGCCAUGGUCCAAGCGCUGGACAGUGGCAAGGUGCUCUCCGUCGGUCUAGAUGUGUUCGAGGACGAGCCCAACGUGCACCCGGGCCUCUUGCGCAACCCGAAUGUCAUGCUUGUGCCACAUAUGGGCACCUACACCGUCGAGACCCAAACUGCCAUGGAGGAAUGGGCGAUCGACAAUGUGCGCCUAGCCAUUGAAAAGGGGAAGUUGAAAUCUCCAGUUCCCGAACAAGCGGAGAUGUGGUUGUGAGAUUCGGCAUUUUUUCCCCUUUAAACUUAUAUUUUUUCAACCGUUUAUUAUCCCUUACACCUUUUUUUCUUUCCUUUUUGUUCUUAGAUAAACAUUCACACCUAUGCGGAGCAUAUGUAUACACUGGAAAUAUGUGGCUUUAAGUAAAAAAAUGUGUGAGGGGACCGAAAAAGCAAAAAAUAUGCAACUAGAAAUCGGGGGCGGUUUCGCUAACUAUGCGAGAAAAAGGGUGGAAAGGCUGCUUUUUAUCUUAUUAGUAAAUUUAUGUCUAGAUAUACAACGGCAAUCGUACGUACACCACGCAUGCACGGACGUGUUAUGUGCAUAUGCAUAAUUGUUGCCCAAUGCUCUUUUUGUGUGUUCGCGCCGACUGCGCUGGAAAAAAACAAAAGAAAAGAGAAGAAAACAAAAAAGAAAAUAAAAGAACAUAAAGAAAAAGAAAAAGAAACUUCAAACUUCUAUACAUCACAGCCAUUUUCUGAUUCUCCACCACAUCUUUUCUUCCUAUUGUGCAG